AUGGUUGCAUUAUCUCCAGCUAUUAGAGAACUCAGAUUCCUUCUUCCUCAAACUGCAUCCUCUUUAAAGUCAUUCGUCUUGAAUGCUUACCCAUCUAUCAAGCAACAACAUCCUCAUUUACCUGUUUUGAUUAGGGAAUGUCAAGGCAUUCAGCCAACUGUUGUUGUUAGACUCGAAAAGGGUGUCGAAGUCAAGAAACACGUUGCAAACUUCUCAGAUGCAGAGCUUAAAUCUUUCCUUCAAAAUCCUUGA